AUGCCAAAUGAAAGGUACUUGAAAUUAAACCCUGAUUUGUAAACAUGAAAGUGUAAUUUCAAACUACCUUCAAAGGACUAUGGAAUUUCUACUUGAGUUAUUGAAAUGCUUAUAACAAAAUAAGUUAGACCACUAUUUGUUACAUACGGUAUUAUGCACCUACCAUCAGCCAUCCCUGGGGUUACAAUCCCGGAAUACCUGCAUCCCGGGAUUGUAAUGUUAAUGCUUCAUCCCCUAUCGGCUGCUAUGGCUACUCUUUGUAAACAUCCCCACGCCCAGGACAGGAGCACAACACAAGGCUUUAUUACAAUAUCAAUCUGAAUGGAAUGGCCUGAAUGUUAGUUAAUAUGGUGGGCUUAUACACGUAGGGGACUUUUACUCAGGGUGGGCUUACAUUCGAAGGUCACAAUCAUCAAGAUGUAUCACAUGAAAGUAUGGAAUGUAACUGUUUUCUGGCAACAGUACUGAGUGAUGGAUAUUACUUUUAUUCACCAAUGAAUAAUGAUUAUAUGCCCUCAAUCAAAUACACCCUUUCGAUAAUUACGUCAUUUGGCCUGGGAGCCUCGCUCUCAUGAAUCGUGAGCCAAUCACCUUGCGUAAUUUACUGAUGCGAGGCCAAACGUCAUGUGCUAAAUAAAUAAUAGUAUUAAAACCCUCAUGAAAUUACAUCACAAUACUAAAAUGUAAUAGUGAUACACUGAAACAAGGCUCGUAACUUAUUCGUGCUUUUUUCACAGUCUUAAAACUGGACUACUGUUGUGUUCUGUACUAUAAUGUAUAAAGUAUAAUAAAUGUCUAUUUGUUUAGGUCAGAAUCGCCCACACAAGCUUACACAGUAUUAAUUUUGUGGCUGUACAGAAGAUUCAAAAAGCUUCUGGAUGAUGGAAAAAACGAAGAGCAAGUCAGAGAAGCUAUAUUAUCAACUUGUAUUGCUUAUGAUAACAUGUGCCACGUCGAUAGUCUGAAAGCGGCAAAACACGAUUUACCUUUCCCUUCACCACUAGAUAAAGCGUGGAAACUGGUGUCCAAGGUGAUUGAUAGGUUGCACCUAAGAAAUCAUGUGGACCCGAAGUGUAAGCGAUUAUACAACACCAAUGACAAGAUCCCAGAACACUACAACACAAUGGCUUGUGAGCAAACCUUUGUAUGGGCUAGUCGCUAUAAAAAGAUUGUUUGUGCUAUGCCUCAUUUGCACCAGUUUUUCUUUCUCCAUCGUUUGGUAAAGUAUAUCACAACAAGUACACAGAAAAAUGCCACAAGUUAUGUAAAGUACCGGUACUUCCAAAAUCAAAAUCAGGGAAAUCAUAGUCACAUAAACACGUAA